AGUUACUUUUACAAUACAGUUAGUUGAAUGAGCUCGAGUGGAAUUUCUCUCGAAGUACAGGAUUGUAUUUUAUUUUACACAAGUGCAAGUAACAAGUACUCUAGUUCAUGUAGCUCACUGGCUUCUACGCGAUCAGAACCCGUACGCCGGUCCACUACUGGGAUCGAAUACCGCUCAGCUGCUAGCGAAACUCGCCGUAACAAUUCGAAACUGCCUGGACAGCAAGAAUGGGGAAAGUACGCCGUUUGGAUGAGGCGACGGGCGCGAAUCCUUUCACGAACCCCAUCUCGUUCACGCCAUGGAUGCGCGUCAAGCUGACGUUGGGCUUAGUACUGCUCGUGCCGCUUCGCCUGGUCGUCUCCUUCGUCUUCAUUCCACUGGUGCUGGUGCUGGUGAAGGCGAUCAGCGCCGGCUGGAAGCCAGGCCAGCACUUGCAGCCCUGGCAGCAGAAGCUCAACACGAAGGUGAUGCCGGCGGUGGCGCGCGCCUGGCUGUUCCUGGGUUUCGGCUACUAUAGCAUGGCGGUGCGCGGGCGGCGCGCCAGCGUGGCCGACGCGCCGAUCAACGUCAUCACGCCGCACACGCACCUGCUGGAGACACUGUUCGCCAUCGCCGCCUACAUCGGCGCGCCGCUGUCGCGCAAGGAGAACAUCCACAUGCCGUUCGUGGGCAGCAUCUUCCGCGCGGCCGAGCCCAUCCUGGUGGACCGCAGCACCAGCAUGGGCACGGUGCAGGCACUGAAGGAUCGGAUACGCUCGCCGGGGCGCUGGUCGCACAUCAUGGUGUACCCGGAGGGCACGACCGCCAACGGCCGGCAGGUCAUCGGCUACAAGACCGGCGCGUUUGUCCCCGGCGUGCCCGUUCAGCCGGUCCUGCUGCGUUACCGCUUGCCCGAGUUGGGCGUCUGGACCAACUUCGGCCGCAACGCCCUGGAAACGCUGCUGCUGACUAUGUCCACGUGGCAUAACCACGUAAUAGUCGAGUAUCUUCCCGUCUACGUGCCGUCUGACGAGGAGAAAGCCGAUCCCGUUCUGUACUCGCUGAACGUGAAGAGAAAGGUGGCCGAGGCGCUGGGACUACCCACCACCGAGCACACGUUGGAAGACCUGCGUCUACUCUGGCAGGCCGUCGAGGCUGGUCUGCCGGUGGACGCGGCGCUCGUCGAGUACAAUCUCGUCAGCCGCACGUUCAACGUCCGUCUGCCCGAGCUGCAGGCCGUGCUGGAGCGCUUCGUGAGCAUCAACGCCAGCAAGUCGGGACGCGUCAGCCGGCAGGAGUUCAGUGACCAUCUGCAGUGGCCCGUCGUGGAGCACACUGAACGCCUGUUCGCAGAAUACGACACAAGCCCAUGUUCUGAUGAUACAAGCGCACAUUCUAGCGACACAAGCGCACAUUCUGGCGGCAGCGACGACAGCCUACAACGACGUGGGCUGCGCUAUCGCGAGUACGUCGUCGGCACGUUCGACCUGGCCAUGACGGUACCCGAGCCUGACGAGCUCGUAGCGCUGGCAUUCGACGCUCUCUCCGCCGGCCAGGCACAGAUCAGCGCCGUGAGCAUGCUGGCGUGCCUGCGAGAUCGCGGCUACGAUGACGUAGUCACGGAGACGCGCGCAGCAAGCUUCCUGUACAGGAUGUCGCAGAGUGAGGACGUGACGGCGAGCGGAUUUGCUAGUUAUGCUCACGCCAACCCCGACCUGCUGGUGUACCUGAGCUGGUUGAUCCGCGGUGAGGACAGUAUAUAGGUACGCAGUACGCAGUUUUGAGCUCUCUCUUUUUUUUCAAUUGCACAGGAAAUAUGUGAUGAAACACUUGCAGGCGGAGUGCCAAGUCAUUGUACUGUAUAAAAAUAAAAUAAAAAAUUCGACGGGUUCUCGUACCGGGCAGGUCAAGAACAAGGAGUCGUACAACUCCCUGGUCAAGAACCACCGUUCCGCUUCCGUGGGACUGUAUACUGACUCCUAAAGUCCAUUUUCAGUGACGGACAUGUUAACAAAGUUCUCAUGGUGUAGACGUAGUAGCGUCGAUAUACAUGUAGGUAGGCGGUCAAGGAAUUCCGUCCUUCAUACAGCUACGCUGUACGAUUGCAGGAAACUUACCAAAAACCGAAAAAAUUCUGAUACAUGUAUGUGAGUUUGUCAUGCCGCUAGCAAGAAUUAUUUUGUUGUUGCUUCCCCGUUAUUCAUAUUGAAAAGUUUUAUAUCACAUGGAGUUUUUACCUGGAAGGCUUGCGAACCUCUGGCAAACUUGCUUUUCCUAUUAAUAUAUUUUUUGUUAAAACUUCAAGUAAAUUUUGUCAGAGUGCUGGUAUAUUCGGUCUUUGACCGCUUGGUGCUGGGUCUGAUCUGUACUCGCGUCCCACUACUACUAACUUCAGGAGGUGCAUCUGCACCUUGGUUCUUGAAUGUGGUGGUGUUCCUACGCAUGCAAGUAGUGCUUUCCACGGUAUACCGUAAUUUUCCGGUGUGUGCUGUCUGCACCGGGGGUCUAAGCCGCACCACCCUUUUUCUCUUCCAGGAUUCGUAUAUUUGUUGACAUUUGGAGUAUAACAAGUCGGCGUGGAGACAAGAUACCUAAUAUGGAUGAAAGUAAAGUGAGUGCACUCGUACCACGAGAACAAUGGAACAAUCUUCAAUCUUUUUCUAAUCUUCAAAUCUUUCUUCCCCGGUUCAAACCUUAAAUAUUUCUCCGUUUUCUCGUGGUAUGAGUGUGCUCAUUUUACUUUCAUUGAUUUUUGGAGUGUACAUGUACGCCAAUUUUCAGACUGAAUUUUUCGGCAGCCUAACUUAAUGGGCAUCGAUCGGUACAUACUAGUACAAGACGUUACAAAGAGUUUAAAAAAAUAAAAAAUAAACACUACUGAAGUUCAAGCAAAAGUGUCCUAGUUUGUCCUUCACCGUGAACUGACAACAUGUGGAAGCUUA